AUGGGAGGUGUGCACGGUGUCUGCUAUGGCGUGCUCGGCGACAACCUUCCCUCGCGUGCGGACGUGGUGCAGCUCUACAAGUCCAACAACAUCCAGGCCAUGCGCAUCUACUUCCCGGACCAGGCCGCGCUCGCGGCGCUCCGGGGCAGCGGCAUCGCCGUCAUCCUCGACGUGGGCGGCGUGGACGCGGUGCGCGCGCUCGCCAGCAGCGCCUCAGCCGCUGCGGACUGGGUCCAGGCCAACGUGCAGGCGUACCAGAGCGACGUCCUCAUCAAGUACAUCGCCGUCGGCAACGAGGUGGACCCCGGCGACGGCGCCGCGGGGCUGCUCCUCCCGGCCAUGCGCAACGUGCACGCCGCGCUGGCGUCCGCGGGGCUCGACGGCAGCGUCAAGGUGUCCACGGCGGUGAAGAUGGACGCGUUCGCCGACACGUUCCCUCCCUCCCGCGGCGUGUUCGCGCAGGGGUACAUGGCGGACGUCGCGCGGUUCCUGGCCGACACCGGCGCGCCGCUGCUGGCCAACGUGUACCCGUACUUCGCCUACAGGGACGACCCGCGGAACAUCAGCCUCGAGUUCGCGAGCUUCCGGCCCGGGGCGGCCACGGUGACGGACGGCGGCAACGGGCUGGUGUACACGAACCUCCUCGACGCCAUGGUGGACGCCGUCUACGCGGCGCUGGAGAAGGCCGGCGCGCCCGGCGUCAAGGUCGUCGUGUCGGAGAGCGGGUGGCCGUCGGCCAGCGGGUUCGCGGCGAGCGUCGACAACGCGCGCCAGUACAACCAGGGCGUGAUCGACCAUGCCCGGCAGGGCACGCCCAGGAAGCCCGGGGUGCUGGAGACGUACGUGUUCGCCAUGUUCAACGAGAACCAGAAGACCGGGGACGAGAUCGAGAGGCACUUUGGCUUGUUCAACCCGGACAAGUCGCCGGUCUACCCGAUCACCUUCCCAAACUGA